AUGGAACACAACCUUGAAACGCCUGCUGCUGGUUGGGGCGAGUCUGUUACGCAAGCGCUGCAAAUGGGCGAAGAAUCCGAAGUUUCGGCUAUGGAUCCUUUGCUGCUCGGUGGUGUUAGCGAUGAUGCUGCAGAGCCUAACUAUGCAGAUGCACUGGCAUCUCAAGGUGAUGAGCCAAAUAGAGGUGGUCUAGAGCAAGCACCAACCCAAGUGGGUAAUCAGCCGCCGCCGGUACAGAUUGCCAGAGCUUCUCCGGCAUCGCCUGGUCACAGUGAGUUGUCACGCAUGGAGGGCGGGGGUAUGGCUGCAAAGUGGGAUCCAGACGAAGAUGAGCUGGUUCCGGAUUAUGCAAGCAUGCCAGUUGUCCCAGAGGGCAGUGGCUCGCACCUCCAAGGGUCUAAAAGGGCGGAAGAUAUUCAGAUCAGGGGUACCGCUCGCGCCGCAGCUAUGGACGUUGAUGAGCCUAGUGCUGAGGUAAGGGUCAAUCCUGAGCGAGGGUUGGAAGUGGAAGCAGCGGUACAACGGCAGGUUUUGAGUAUCUUUCAAAGUCAGGUGACUCCGUUGUUGGGGCAACUCAUGGAUCGACUAGAGGCUAUGGAAGCGAGACAGAGCGCCCAACAUGACUUGGCGAGCGACUUUCAGAGGAUGCGGUUGGGAGUUGAGUCGGCAGCAUCGGCGGAGAAAUCUGGGUUGGUGAUGGUGUCGGGAGUUGAACACGCCUGGCGCUUGACGCUGUUCAUUCUGAGGUUAAGCCACAAUCUGCAGGAAAUCGGUGGCACUGAAAUCCGACCGCCGCCAAUUGCGGCUGCUCCGAAGUCUCCUGAUGUAAAGGAGGUGAAAACUUCAACGGCUGAGCUUCAGAAGCUGGUCAUUAAUGAUGGGGAUAAGGAGGUCUCGCCUCUUCUAGCUGGUGACUGGCUCACUUUGGCAGGGUUGCACCUGAUCCUUAAAGCCAUUCCCAACUCCUUGAAGGAGGAGCUGGUAAGCACCCAACGGAUGUCCUGCAUUGAUGCGGUCGCGAAGAUCUUUUGCACCUAUCAGCCGGGUGGUUUAAAGGAGCAUUCGGCUUUGUUGCGGUUUCUCACUACACCAGAAUCGUCUUCCGAGGUGAGCGUAGCGCUUAAGCAUUUGAAACGGUGGGCUAGGUGGUAUCGUAGGGCUGAAGACCUACAGGUCUCAUUGCCGGAUUCCACAUUGCUUCUGGCAGGAUUGGAUCUUCUUACCAGUAAAGCGCUGAGCAAGUUUCCGGAAACCCAAUUCAGGCUGUCAUCUUUUCGGUAUUCGCAAAACAUUGACAUGGUCCCUACAUCAGAAAAGGUUUGUGCAUUGGCUGAGAUGUUACAGGCUGAGUUGGAGGUUUUGGACACCGGGAAGGGCGCCAAAGGCGGGAAGAAAGGCUCUGAGGAGCAGCCCAAGGGUGAUGCGGGGGCAGCGGCUGAUGCCGCUCAAACCGCCGCUAAGGUUGAAGAUACUGCGAGGCAGGACAUGUUUCGUGAAGUUACAGCUGCCAUCAAACAACUCACCCAAACAUCAUCGGCUGCAUCUGUUAAGGCCAUCGCUGUAGGAGUUUGCCCGACCCUUGAAGGCCUCCCAUACCCUAAACCUCAAGCUGGGAGGAUGACUGGUCUGCUAGACUCAGGCGCUACUUUGUGUGUUCGUCCCAGACGGGAAGGUGAAGAACCGGUAGAAUGGCGAAAGGUUGCACUUGCUGAAGGUGAAACCUACAUGGGUGUGUCGGCUUUCGGUACUUUGAUCGGUUCAACUGAUAGCGAGCCCAUUGUGUCCAUGUCCAAGUUGGUACGCCUUGGCUUUCAUGUAGCAUGGCGUCAGAAAACUUGUACUGUAGUGCAUCCUACUUUGGGACGAGUCCCAGUGGUCGUUCAAGACGGGUGUCCUAGAGUAGAUCGUCGGGUUGCCCUUGAUUUGAUCGCUAGGAUUGAACAGUGGGAAAACGAUGCUGGUCAGCAGUCCACCAUGAAUGCUGAAGGAGUGGCUUUGAUUCAUGAGGCCAUGCAGGGUAUGGGGGUUGCUGACUAUGCGGAGGGUUUGUGUAGGGCGAUUGAAGUUGAUGACGGCGGUGAGGGAAUCAUCACUGCGUGGACGGAGGCUCUUCUGAGGACCAUGUACCCCGCUGUUCCCGACAGCGUUUGUGAUGAGGUGUCACGUUUCCUGCCAGGUAUGCACGAAGCUUUAUGUUGGAAUCGUAGAAAGCGUAGGUCUAUGCAUCGGUCAAAGGGGGUCAUCCUGAACUUGUGUUGUGGAGACAGCCGACGCCAAUUUCAGCAGACAGCUGCGCGUUAUGGGUUCCAGGUUGUUGAUGUAGAUGUGAAGGAGAAUUUGAAUAGCCCCCAUACCAUGGCAUAUCUGCUUCGCCUAGCGGCAGCUGGGAAAGUAAAAGGGGUGUUCUCGAGGAUGCCCGAUCGCACAUGGGACACCGGAUCCUUAGCUAUUCGCUCUCGGGAUGGUAAAGGGAGAUGGGGUUUGGACUCAGCGAGCGCUGAUGAUUGCAGCAGGUUGUUCCAUGAGGAUUGUUUGUUGCUGCGGGUGUUGAUGCUAAAGGUGGUAUCGGCAACGGGCUUGAGGUUGAGAUUUGGUGAGUGCCCUCCGCUCCUAAGUAUCACUGAAGGCCCAAGGGACCCCCAAAAGAACAUGCCAUCAGUGUGGUGCACGCCUGAGUGGGAGGUUACAGAACGGUUUUUAGGAGUUCGCCAAUACCACUUAAACCAAGGACCCCUAGGACAUGAAGACAUCAAGCCAACCACGAUUGUUGCUCAUGGAGUGUACUGGCCACUUUGGAUACGGGAUAUCCUUGACAACACGUGUUACCCCAACAUUCCCCCCAAGGGCGAGAAUCAUGAGCAUCAUGAGGUGAGUUCGUACUGGGCACUCGGUCUGAAACAGGCUGCUGCCGAAGCCAUCACCAACAUGGCAGAUGUUUGGAAGCGCUACCACGAUAAUGCUGAGUCUCUCAAGGCCCUCGCAAAGCGCAAGGUUCGAACAUCAUUUAAGGAUCAUGUAGCACAAGGCCACCUUCCAUUCAGGGCAGAUUGUCAGCACUGUUUGGAGGGACGCCUUCGUGGUCGCCCGCACAGGCGACAGCCAGCGGCGGAAUCGUUUGUGUUGAGUUUGGACUUAAUGGGCCCGCAUAAAGGCGGAACGGACGAGACACUGAGGUCAGUUCGGUAUUUUGUGGUGGCUGUGUAUACCUUUCCUGAGUGCCUUGUAGGUGGAAUAGGAGCUUUACCCGAAAACCCAGAUGAGGCCCCCGAUGAGGCUCCACAUGAGGCUCCCGAUGAGGCUCCACAUGAGGCCCCCGAUGAGGUUCCACAUAAGGCCCCAGCCGAAGUCCAAGAAUGGGAAGUGCCCGAGGUGGAAGACCCCGAACAACCCCCCAUUGAUGAGCCUCCUGUUGAUCUGUCUGAAGAGCAAGCCCUGCCCAAAGUCCCGAUGAUCGAACUUGUUUGGACAGAACCCCUAUAUCAGAAGACAGAGAGUGAGACUUUGAGAGCAGUGAAGCGGAUUGAGGCUCAAAUUGCAUUGCUUGGCUUGCCCGUGGCACGCGUUCAUACCGAUGCUGGCCGAGAGUUCUGCAAUAAAAGCUUUAGAGGUUGGUGCUCCGAUCAGGGGUUCGUCAAAAGUUGUACGGGAGCUGAUGAUUUCCGCUCCAAUGGGAGAGUGGAGAAUGUGUUGAAACUAAAGGCUUCUCAAGCCUUCCUUCCCACUCUACUCACAAACACACUUUUCUCACUUCGCGGGCUGACUUGCUUAAGCCUUCGUGUCGCGGUUCACACACAUGUUUCAUGUGCUCUUGUGAUUACUCUACACACUCUACUUGGGACUACGUGCACUAGGUUACAAACGAACACCCCGCCUCAGAAAGUUCUUGCGGGUUCCUAG